CGAGGGGGGGUCCGCUCGCUGUGCGGGGACCCGGGCGGUUCCUGGGGUCCCGGGUGGCGCGCAGGGUUCCCCGCGGCCUCGGGGGCAGGAGCGGCUCCCGCCCGCACGCCCGGCCGCCCGGUUCUCCCUGGGCGCCCCCGGCCGGUGCGGUGGUACGGUCCGGGUUUAAAAGGCCCUGGCGGCCGCGGGCCUGCCCAGUGUGUGGGCGCGGCGGGAGCGCGCACGGGGCGCGGCGGCGGGGGCGCGCGAGUGGGGCCGGUGUGGGGCUCGGGGGGCGCGUCCACGUGGCUGGCAGGCGGCCACCCGGAGCCAGCGGCGGCGGAGGGACAGCGCCAGCAAGGACCGCCCGUCUGAGCCCAGCUCUCCUGCCCUAUGGGGACCCUUUGUGGCUGAGGAGCGACCCCUCCAAGGACUGUUGCGGCACCUCCAUCCACUAGGCCUGUCCCUGGGUGCAGCUGCCGGCCAUGCCUGCUGUUGGCCUCCUCCUGCUGGUCCUGCCUGCCGUGGCUGGGGCCGUGGGUGGCAGCAGGCCCUUCCCUGCCUUCUUGGUGACAGACACUACGCUCACCCACCUGGCCGUGCACCGAGUGACUGGGGAGGUGUUUGUGGGUGCGGUGAACCGCAUCUUCAAGCUGGCCCCGAACCUGACCGAGCUGCGCACCCACGUCACGGGGCCCGUGGAGGACAAUGCCCGCUGUUACCCGCCCCCCAGCAUGCGCGCGUGCGCGCACCGCCUGGCGCCCGCGGACAACGUGAACAAGCUGCUGCUGGUGGACUACGCGGCCCGCCGCCUGGUGGCCUGUGGCAGCGUGUGGCAGGGCGUCUGCCAGUUCCUGCGCCUGGACGACCUCUUCAAGCUGGGCGAGCCCCACCACCGCAAGGAACACUACCUGUCGGGGGCUCAGGAGCCAGACUCCAUGGCCGGCGUCAUCGUGGAGCAGGGCCAGGGGCCCAGCAAGCUGUUCGUGGGCACCGCGGUGGACGGCAAGUCCGAGUACUUCCCCACCCUCAGCUCCCGCAAGCUCAUCAGCGACGAGGACAGCAGUGACAUGUUCAGUCUGGUGUACCAGGACGAGUUCGUGUCCUCGCAGAUCAAGAUCCCCUCAGACACACUGUCCUCGUAUCCCGCCUUCGACAUCUACUACAUCUACGGCUUCGUGAGCGCCUCCUUCGUGUACUUCCUGACGCUGCAGCUGGACACACAGCAGACGCUGCUGGAUGCCGCGGGCGAGAAGUUCUUCACGUCCAAGAUUGUGCGCAUGUGCGCUGGGGACUCGGAGUUCUACUCGUAUGUGGAGUUCCCCAUCGGCUGCUCCUGGCGAGGCGUGGAGUACCGCCUGGUGCAGAGCGCCCACCUGGCCAAGCCCGGCCUGCUGCUGGCCCAGGCCCUGGGCGUGCCACCUGACGAGGACGUGCUCUUCACCGUCUUCUCCCAGGGCCAGAAGAACCGGGCCAGCCCCCCGCGGCAGACCGUGCUCUGCCUCUUCACCCUCAGCACCAUCAACGCCCACAUCCGGCGCCGCAUCCAGUCCUGCUACCGCGGGGAGGGCACGCUGGCCCUGCCCUGGCUGCUCAACAAGGAGCUGCCCUGCAUCAACACGCCCAUGCAGAUAAAUGGAAACUUCUGCGGGCUGGUGCUGAACCAGCCCCUGGGGGGCCUGCACGUGAUCGAGGGGCUGCCUCUGUUGGCCGACAGCAGUGACGGCAUGGCCAGCGUGGCUGCCUACACCUACCGCCAGCACUCCGUGGUCUUCAUCGGCACACGCACUGGCAGUCUGAAGAAGGUCCGGGUUGAUGGCUCCCAGUAUGCCCACCUCUACGAGACAGUGCCUGUGGUGGACGGCAGCCCCAUACUCCGGGACCUGCUCUUCAGCCCUGAUCACCGGCACAUCUACCUCCUGAGUGAGAAGCAGGUGAGCCAGCUCCCAGUGGAGACCUGCGAGCAGUAUGGGAGCUGUGUGGCCUGCCUUGGCUCAGGGGACCCCCACUGUGGCUGGUGUGUGCUGCAGCACAGAUGCUGCCGAGAAGGGGCUUGUCCGGGUGCCUCGGCCCCACACGGCUUUGCUGAGGAGCUGAGCAAGUGUGUCCUUGUGCGGGUCCGGCCCAACAACGUUUCAGUGACCUCGCCUGGGGUGCAGUUGACUGUGGCCAUGCGCAACGUGCCAGACCUCAGCGCGGGCGUGAGCUGUGCCUUUGAGGAGGUGACAGAGAGCGAGGCCGUCCUGCUGCCCUCCGGGGAGCUGCAGUGCCCCUCGCCCUCCCUCCAGGAGCUCCGGGCUCUCACCCGGGGGCAUGGGGCCACCCGCACCGUGCGGCUGCAGCUGCUCUCCAGGGAGACAGGGGUCAAGUUCGCCGGGGUCGACUUUGUCUUCUACAACUGCAGCGCACUCCAGUCGUGUGUGUCCUGUGUGGGCAGCCCCUACCCCUGCCACUGGUGUAAGUACCGCCACGUGUGUACCAGCCACCCCCACGAGUGCUCCUUCCAGGAGGGCAGGGUCCACAGCCCUGAGGGCUGCCCUGAGAUCCUGCCCAGUGGGGACCUCUUGAUUCCAGUGGGCGUCAUGCAGCCUCUUACCCUGCGGGCCAAGAACCUGCCGCAGCCACAGUCGGGCCAGAAGAACUACGAGUGCGUGGUCCGGGUUCAGGGGCGCCAGCAGCGGGUGCCGGCCGUGCGCUUCAACAGCAGCAGCGUGCAGUGCCAGAACGCCUCGUACUCCUAUGACGGUGAUGAGUACGGUGACACGGAGCUGGACUUCUCUGUGGUCUGGGAUGGAGAUUUCCCUAUCGACAAGCCUGCCACCUUCCGAGCUCUCCUGUAUAAGUGCUGGGCGCAGCGGCCCAGCUGCGGCCUCUGCCUCAAGGCUGACCCUCGCUUCAACUGUGGCUGGUGCAUCUCGGAGCACAGGUGCCAGCUGCGGGCCCACUGCCCGGCCCCCAAGACCAACUGGAUGCACCCGAGCCAGAAGGGCAUCCGCUGCAGCCACCCCCGCAUUGUCCAGAUCCACCCACUCAUGGGGCCCAAGGAGGGAGGCACCAGGAUCACCAUUGUGGGUGAGAACCUGGGCCUCAGCUACCGAGAGGUGGGCCUGCGGGUCGCGGGUGUGCGCUGCAACUCCAUCCCCUCAGAGUACAUCAGCGCUGAGAGGAUCGUGUGUGAGAUGGAGGAGUCACUGGUGCCCAGCCCGCCGCCUGGGCCCGCCGAGCUCUGCGUGGGCGACUGCUCAGCUGACUUCCGCACGCAGUCUGAGCAGCUCUACAGUUUUGUGACGCCAGCGUUUGACCGCGUGAGUCCCAGUCGGGGCCCCGCUUCCGGGGGCACACGGCUCACCAUCUCCGGGAGCUCUCUGGAUGCCGGCAGCAGGGUCACUGUGACCGUGAGAGAUGGCGACUGCCAGUUUGUGAGGAGGGACGCCGAGGCAAUCGUGUGCAUCUCCCCUGUGUCCACUCUGGGCCCCAGCCAGGCGCCCAUCACCCUGGCCAUCGACCGUGCUAACAUCUCCAGCCCUGGAGUCCUCUACACCUACACCCAGGACCCCACUGUCACUCGCCUUGAGCCCACCUGGAGCAUAAUCAAUGGAAGCACUGCCAUCACUGUGAGUGGGACCCACCUACUGACAGUCCAGGAGCCCCGGGUCCGGGCUAAGUACCGAGGCAUCGAGACCACCAAUACUUGCCAGGUGAUCAACGACACUGCCAUGCUGUGUAAGGCCCCCGGCAUCUUCUUGGGACGGCCGCAACCCCAGGCCCAGGGAGAACACCCCGAUGAGUUUGGCUUCCUGCUGGACCACGUGCAGACGGCCCGCUCCCUCAAUCGGUCCUCCUUCACCUACUACCCGGACCCCAGCUUUGAGCCACUCGGGCCCUCUGGCGUCCUGGAUGUCAAACCCGGCUCCCAUGUAGUGUUGAAGGGCAAGAAUCUGAUCCCCGCAGCGGCUGGCACCUCCCGCCUCAACUACACGGUGCUGAUUGGGGGCCAGCCUUGCGCGCUCACCGUCUCCGACACGCAGCUCCUAUGUGACUCGCCGCGCCAGACCGGCCGGCAGCCUGUCAUGGUCCUGGUGGGCGGCCUGGAGUUCUGGCUGGGUACCCUGCACAUCACGGCCGAGCGGGCACUCACCCUGCCGGCCAUGGUGGGCCUGGCGGCGGGCGGCGGGCUCUUGCUGCUGGCCAUCACCGCUGUGCUGGUGGCCUACAAGCGCAAGACCCAGGACGCGGACCGCACGCUCAAGCGGCUUCAGCUGCAGAUGGACAACCUGGAGUCCCGUGUGGCUCUGGAGUGCAAGGAAGCCUUCGCAGAGCUGCAGACAGAUAUCAACGAGCUGACCAGCCACAUGGACGGCGUGCAGAUCCCGUUCCUGGACUACCGGACGUAUGCUGUGCGCGUGCUCUUCCCAGGCAUCGAGGCCCAUCCGGUGCUCAAGGAGCUGGAUACACCCCCGCACGUCGAGAAGGCCCUGCGCCUCUUCGGGCAGCUGCUGCACAGCCGCGCCUUCGUGCUCACCUUCAUUCACACGCUGGAGGCCCAGAGUAGCUUCUCUAUGCGCGACCGUGGCACCGUGGCCUCGCUCACCAUGGUGGUCCUGCAGAGCCGCCUGGACUACGCCACGGGGCUGCUCAAGCAGCUGCUGGCCGACCUCAUUGAGAAGAACCUGGAGAGCAGGAACCACCCGAAGCUGCUGCUGCGCAGGACUGAGUCGGUGGCCGAGAAGAUGCUUACCAACUGGUUCACGUUCCUGCUGCACAAGUUUCUGAAGGAGUGUGCCGGGGAGCCGCUUUUCCUGCUCUACUGCGCCAUCAAGCAGCAGAUGGAGAAGGGCCCCAUCGACGCCAUCACGGGCGAGGCCCGCUACUCUCUGAGUGAGGACAAGCUCAUCCGGCAGCAGAUCGACUACAAGACGCUGACCCUGCACUGCGUGUUCCCGGAGAGCGAGGGCAGCACUCAGGUUCCAGUGAAGGUUCUCAACUGUGACAGCAUCACCCAAGCCAAGGAUAAGCUGUUAGAUGCCGUGUACAAGGGCAUCCCGUACUCCCAGCGCCCCAGAGCUGAGGACAUGGACCUAGAAUGGCGUCAGGGCCGCAUGGCCCGCAUCGUCCUCCAGGAUGAAGACGUCACCACCAAGAUCGAGUGUGACUGGAAGAGGGUCAACUCGCUGGCCCACUACCAGGUGACAGACGGUUCCUUGGUGGCACUGGUGCCCAAACAAGUAUCCGCCUACAACAUGGCCAACUCCUUCACCUUUACUCGCUCCCUCAGCCGCUACGAGAGCUUGCUGCGCACGGCCAGCAGCCCUGACAGCCUCCGUUCUCGGGCACCCAUGAUCACGCCCGACCAAGAGACUGGCACCAAGCUGUGGCACCUGGUGAAGAACCAUGACCACACUGACCACAGGGAGGGGGACCGCGGCAGCAAGAUGGUCUCGGAGAUCUACCUGACGCGACUGCUAGCCACCAAGGGCACGCUGCAGAAGUUCGUGGACGACCUCUUUGAGACGGUGUUCAGCACGGCCCACCGGGGAUCAGCCCUGCCCCUGGCCAUCAAGUACAUGUUCGACUUCCUGGACGAGCAGGCCGACCAGCGCCAGAUCAGUGACCCUGACGUGCGCCAUACCUGGAAGAGCAACUGCCUGCCCCUGCGCUUCUGGGUGAACGUGAUCAAGAACCCCCAGUUCGUGUUUGACAUCCACAAGAGCAGCAUCACGGACGCCUGCCUGUCCGUGGUGGCCCAGACCUUCAUGGACUCGUGCUCCACGUCCGAGCACCGGCUGGGCAAGGACUCCCCGUCCAACAAGCUGCUCUAUGCCAAGGACAUCCCCAACUACAAAAGCUGGGUGGAGAGGUACUACCGGGACAUCGCGAAGAUGGCGUCCAUUAGCGACCAGGACAUGGACGCCUACUUGGUGGAGCAGUCGCGUCUCCAUGCCAGUGACUUCAACAUCUUGAGUGCGCUCAGCGAACUCUACUUCUACGUCACCAAGUACCGCCAGGAGGUUCUCACCGCUCUGGACCGAGAUGCCUCUUGUCGGAAGCAUAAGUUGCGACAAAAACUGGAACAGAUCAUCGGCCUCGUGUCCAGCAACAGCUAAGGGUGGCGGAACCGGUUGUGGCGGGGGGGCGGGGGGGGGGGCGCCAACUCGGUCCUGAGCUGUCCUCCAGGCUGAGCCCUGGAUCCGGAGGGUGCGGGGGCGGGGCCGGGGGGUUCCCGGGCCAAUAUGCCCCUGGCACACCUGGGCGCCCCCUUCAUUAGUGCCUUCCUCUGGGCCCUGUGUGGGGGCAGGGGUGACAGGACCAACCCCUGACCCCAGCAGCAGCAAUACCCCUGCCCCCUGUCUCCCCUGCCCCCUACCCCCUGCCCUCCUGUCCCCCUGCUCUCCCCAGCCCUCCUGCCCCUCUGCUGUGGCAGCCCCUGCCCUCCUCGCUAUUUAUACCCCCAAUAGCCUAUUUAUUUAAUUUAUCUCCUUCUCGCCACCCCCAUCUGUAACCGUGUGUCCCUUCUUCGGGAUGCUGUCACCCACACACACCUUCUGUCCUUGAGUCGUCCUGGCUCCUCUGUGACAGCAGCAGCCCUGGCCUGUCCUUGGGCACCUUCCCCCCUGCGCCGUGGCCAGCCCCGCCCAUUCCAAGCAGUGGGGGAUCUCGGCACCAGCAGCACUUGGGGGCCGGGCAGGGGAUAGAGGGAGGGGACCCCCCCAACGCCGCCCAUGGAUGGUGAUGGGGCCCAGGGUUCUCCCCGCAGCUGAGCCACAGAUCCCCCUCCCACGCAGCUCCAGAGUCAGAUGGGACCUUCUCCUGGCCCCACUGGCAGCACCAGGACAACUAGAAGCGGGCCUGGGCCCGGGCCGGAGGCAGGCCUGGGGACUCUGGAAAUCUCCUUCUCCCGGCCCUACUGCCACACGUCCUCCGUGUUGUCCGCACUUGCCCCAGACCCCUUGCCCUCAGCCGCCCUGUCCCGCGCCUGCCCGGCGUGGCCUGGUCACGGCGGCCGUGCCUUACUCCUUGGUUCUUCUUCUUUCUCUGAGGGCUCUGGCCCCGUCUCCUGGACCCCCAAAUCCACUUCUCUCCUCUUUUUGGGCAUGAGCUUUCUGUCGUCGUUGUUCUGGAAUUCUUUUCCUAAUUAAGUGUUGGGAAAAUGGAGUCUCGCGUGGCUUUGUCCUGGGGGCAUGUGGGCGGUCGGUGCGCAAGGAAGCAGGUGGGGGGCUGUCGGCCUGUGGGUGCGUGGGACGGCUAACUCUAGCCAGGGUUCCAAGGCUCUGAGGAGGACUGGGGCCAUGUCCUUCCUCAGCCGGCCCUGGUGGCUCUCCCUUCAAGAUCCUGUCCGAAUCUGUUCCCUUCUCCCCACCUCCACGCCCCCAGCCAGGUCCCAGCUACCCCGGGCUCCUGCCUGGAUGCCCAGUCUCCCCACUUCUGUCCCACCUGCCUGCCCUCAUUCUAGUCUUAGUGCAGCAGGUCCUGGGAACCCGAGAAGCCAGCAGUGGAUCUUGUCCCCCUCUGUGCAGAACUCCCCAGUGUUAUUGGUAGCACCCAGACUCCUCCAUAUUGGACAGUGCUUUACUGCCCUAGCCGCCUCCAGCCCAAAGCAUCUGCCUUCUUCUCCGCCAGCCCUCCCACCUGUUAAAGU